CUGUGGACGAAUGUAAAGACGAGCUCUCCCCCGCCCCGGUCACGCAGUGACUUGGGGGCUGCGCCUCCUUCCCCGGGCGGGCUGUACGCUCCGGGCUCCUGUCCAGGGGCAAACAGCUGGAGCCAGCUGUGCGCAGCGGCUGGCGUUGAUUGGCUCAGGCGCUGUGACAUCACGGGGCUGGCUCGGAGGCUUUUAGCUCCCUCGCCGCCGCCCCUGCAGGAGUUUCCAGCCGCUGCUCCGGUCGCCGCAGCGAGGCGGUCUCGGUGGCGGGUCCCUGCCGGACGAGUAGGCUCCGAUCCCGGGCUGCCCCGGCCCCUAUGGCAGCCCGGAGCGCCCUGUAGCGCCAUGGGGAACCAGCUGGCGGAGAUCGCGCCCGCGCCGGCCUUCCUGCCGCACUUCCAGGCGCUGCACGUGGUGGUGAUCGGGCUGGACGCGGCCGGCAAGACCUCGCUGCUCUACCGGCUGAAGUUCAAGGAGUUCGUCAAGAGCGCGCCCACCAAGGGCUUCAACAUGGAGAAGAUCCGGGUGCCGCUGGGGGGCUCCCGCGCCAUCGCCUUCCAGGUGUGGGACGUGGGCGGCCAGGAGAAGCUGCGGCCCCUCUGGAAGUCCUACACCCGCCGCACGGACGGGCUGGUCUUCGUGGUGGACUCGGCGGAGGGGGAGCGCAUGGAGGAGGCCCGGGUGGAGCUCCACAGGAUCACCCGGACGUCGGAGAACCAGGGCGUCCCCGUGCUGCUCCUGGCCAACAAGCAGGACCUGCCGGGCGCGCUGUCGGCCUCCGAGGUGGAGAAGCUGCUGGCCCUGCACGAACUGAGCGCCUCCACCCUCAGCUACGCCCAGGGCUGCAGCGCGGUGGACGGGCUGGGCCUGCAGCAGGGGCUGGAGAAGCUCUACGAAAUGAUCCUCAAGAGGAAGAAAAUGCUGCGACACAGCAAGAAGAAGCGAUGAGCAGCCCCCCGGGCCUGCCCCGGCCCCACCCAGCUGCCAGGGCAUUGCUGGUUGGGUGCGGGGUGAGCGGCUCCAGUGCCAGGCCUGGCUCACCCCAGCGUGGCUAAAUCGCCCAUGUAGACGAGGACUUUGUUAAGGGACAGCACCCUCUGGGGGAUGUGUGUGCCUGCCCCGUGAAUCUGACUCCAGGAUUUGGGAUGGCUCCAAUGGGAGUGUGCUAUAGGGACUGGUCUGGACCUGUGCCCGCCGGCCGACAGGACACACGGAGCGCCACAGCCAGACUGAGAGCAAUGGCCCCUGAUGUGUCCAAAUCAAAUUUAAAGAAGAGGUAGGGUGGGGUUAGGAGACUGCAACUUGAUGGCAACCUGCAUUAGGUGAAAACACUGCAAGUGGGUUUUCUAGGCGUGUGGGUGUUCAUUUCCAUCAUUGCUACAGGACAGGUGGGGGAGGGGAAUCUUUGUAUUACUGGGUUGUUGUUUUUUAUAAACCACGUGUGUUUGGUUUUUUUGUAGGAACUAAACAUAAGUUAUUAAACAGAGAGAUUGGAUA